CAACAGAAAUAUAAAGUACAGAUAUUUUAUGGGCUUGACUGAAAUAAAUGUAGCUGAUUAUGAGAAAGACCUCGGUGUGUAUGUUAAUGCUUCCAUGUCCGACUCUUGCCAGUGUGAGGAAGCAAUAAAAAAGGCCAAUAGGAUGUUGGGUUACAUCUCUAGGUGUGUGGAGUUUAAGUCAAGGGAGGUGAUGCUACGAUUAUAUAAUUCCUUGGUAAGACCCUACCUAGAAUAUUGUGUCCAGUUUUGGUCACCAUACCUUAAGAAAGUCAUUGCUGUCUUGGAAAGGAUGCAAUGUAGUGCAAUGAGAAUGAUUCCUGGUCUUGGAGGAAUGUCUUAUGAGGAGAGAGCUGAAUCUGUUUAGCCUCGAGCAAAGGAGACUAAGGGGGGACAUGAUCCAGGUAUAUAAGAUUCUAACAGGUCUGGAUGCUGUUCAGCCAAAUGGCUCCUUCAAUUUUAGUUUAAAUACUAGAACUCAUGGCCACAAGUGGAUAUCAGCGGAAGAACAUUAAAAAACGAAUUUGAGGAAGCACUUCUUUACACAGCGUGUAGUUAGAGUAUGGAAUAGUCUUCCUGCUUGUGUAGCACAAGCUAAAACCCUGGGUUCCUAUAAAUCAGAGCUGGAUAAGAUUUUAACAACUCUGAGCUAUUAGUUAAAUUCUCCCAAAACGAGCUUGAUGGGCCAAAUGGCUUCCUCUCGUUUGUAAAUUUCUUAUGUUCUAGGUCUGAGACAGCUAACUAACUAGUUACUCCUCAAAAAGAAUGAUGGCAUACUUCACGUCAAACAAGUUAAGGUGGGGCGUGGCUUUCACCCAGCCCUGGGGGGAAGACUGGAUUGUCUGGUUGAGUGUCUCCGGGCAUAGUAUAGAAACAGUGAAGGUGUCUCGAAGGAAGACAUGAUCUCACCAGUAUGUGGGCUGGAGAUGUGAACAGUGGGGAUGAAGACCCUGUCUGAGGAAAUGCACUACGCCCCUGUCGUCCUUUGUCUACUGGCAGCAGCAGCCUGGCCAGCCGCCCUGUGCCAGAAUCCGGUCCCGAUCCAGUUCCAAACAUCUCCGGUGCUGGUGAGGACCGGGGCUGCGGCAGUGCUGGACGUGAUCACCGUGUCAAGUGCCCUGUCGAUAAGCUGGGUGUCGCCGUCGGGGAUCACGCUGGGACUGUGGGUGGGGGGACAGGCAGUGCUGAACAACGCGGUCCAGUACACGGGCCGGAUCACCAUCACAGCCACUCAGCUGCAGAUCAGCCCCGUCCUUCUGACGGACACCGGAAACUACACCGUCAUCGUGGACCCAGGCAGCAUCGUCGGCAUGAGGAAAAGCUCAGGCUCCGUGCUGCUACACGUGUUCGAUGCGGUUGCCGGGGUGAAGCUGUCCGUCCCCCCUGUUGCUCUUGAAGGCAGCAACAUCUCCCUCACCUGCACUUGGACCAUGGGAACGGAGACGAGCAUGAGCUGGACGAAGGGGGGGACCACCAUCUCUCCUGACUACCGAAUUACGGUUACGGGCAAUUCUCUGGUUAUCAACCCAGGCAACAGAAGUGACGCAGGGGGCUAUAGCUGUAUGGUCUACAAUCUUGUCAGUGCUACAACUGCCACAGCCAGCCUCACUGUCUACUAUGGCCCAGAUGCCCCAGUCCUGCAGCAGAAUUCGCAGGCUAACUGCGUAGGAGGGGGGCAGGCAGUGGUGGGGCAGACAUUGCAACUCGCCUGCACUUCCGUCUCGUUGCCCCCUGCCUUGUUCUCAUGGCAACAAAACGGCCAAUCUGUGGCGGCAGAUCAGGUCAACGGCGGCGUCCUCACCCUCCAGGCCAUCACCACCAAUCAGAGUGGCCAAUACGUCUGCAUGGCCAGGAACGUAGUGACAACGCAGACAGCGAAGCAGAGCAUUGGCAUCACCAUCGUCAAAACAUGCCUUAGUGUCGGUGCCGUGGCUGGGAUUGUGGUGGCCUGUGCUCUGGCUGUCAUCUUCAUCAUCAUCGGCAUCAUCCUGCUGCUGUGCUGCAGGAACAGGGACUCAAGGCUCAGGGGAGACAAGCCAAACCCGAGCUCAGCGCCUGCGACCGACCCACUCCAGCCUGCCCCACAGAGCUCGUUCUGGAACAGGGCGCCUGCCGGUUACUCAGAUCCCCCCUUGCAUUCUCCCAACAUGCUCCCUGAUGCCCGUCAGCAGUACGGCCAUACAUCCCGGCCCCCCCAACCAAACGGCCCUGAUACAUGUGGGCUCCAAGGAAACCCUUCAGGCCCCGUCUCAAACCAUGGGCAUCCGGAUGGGGGUGGGCUGCCACCCGGAAAGUCGUAUGCCCCAGAGAGCCUGCGGAACCGGACGCAGACCGGACACGCUCCCCCAGGUUCAGUGCCCCCCCUGAUCCAUCUGACCCUGAACACGAUGCAGCCCACAGAGCACAUCAGGAGCGACAGCCAGCCGCAAGCCGUCCACGUGAACCUGAACGCCUACCCAUAUCCGGUCCAGCCAGACCCACUUCAGAACAGGGACGCGUUACACUUAAACACGAUUGGUGGUAACACACCUCAGCAGCCUAACCGUCACACUGCGGAAAGCGGCCUGUCUCAGACCCCUCCUGUACAGCAAAGUGGGGGGGCACAUAAUGCCCCUCUUAUCAGUACUAGUAGUGUGGAAAGCCAGGCCCCCACCCGCGAUGCUGUCAUCCAGACGAACUAUACACAUGUCGUUAACUUUGGCAGAACUGGACAGCAGGACGCCAGGACGCAGACCUACUCGUCUGAGGCUAUGCUCCCCAGUCACCCCCGGCGGCCCUGGGACUGGCUGCGUAGCACCCCCGCUUAUCCAAAUCACGUUGUGGCCAAUCACAGUAGCUUGUCCAGCUGCACCCAAUCCAGCCCCGAGCCGAUUGCAGCUCAGUCAGGAAACGCCCCCCAAAAUGAUACCACUCCCACUGCCCGAGGACCUCAGAGUCAAACGGUGCCGAGGGCAGUUCAGCUAGGAAAUGGCCCCCAAAACAACACCACCCCCACUGUCCAAGGACUUCAGAGUCAAACAGUACCUCGGAGUCACAGCCAGACCCAAGUUAGCGUCAACACCCAGACAAACAACCCAGAGCCACAGGUUUUCAAAAUGACAUGGGUUCCGACUCCCCUGAUCCACGCAGCCACGCAGAACCCAGUCACACAAACACAGGCCGCGCUGCCAGCACACACUGCUAAGCCCCGUGAUCCCUUCCAGACCCAGAACCAGCCGAAGCAGACUGUUCAGGCACAGAAGACCCAACCACCGGCCCGGCGGCCCCCCACGCCCCCACCAGUUUUGCCUCUCUCCCAGUUCAAAGCCCUUCCUCGCCAGCACCUCCCAGAGAAACGGCCAGUCCAGCAGCUACGCCCCGAGCGUAAACCACAACCCAAGAGGAGCAUAGGUAUCGUCCAGCCCAGCCCUCACUGGAAUGCUGUGCAUGGCCCCGCCCACAUGCAGGGCCCCGCCCACAUGCAGGGCCCCGCCCACACACUCAGCCAGCACCACUCUCACAUGCAAAAACAGGUCUUUCGCAGCAGGAUGCGGUACUAGGCAAGGUGACAGGAGACUCCGGGGUUGGCUGAUGGGCCCACAUUACCGUCAGCAAACGACGCCAUCAUUCAGACUGGUGUCUUCACCAUGGAAGCAUGGACUGGCCCCAUGACACUGGCCCUUCUGACGUCAUAGAAACCCACAACAGCCGGGAGAGAAGUACAGCUAAAGUAAUCCAGCUGCUGGACCCUGACUCCUCCAGGCAAUUCCCAAGAGUGCUGGGCCCGUAGAGGGACUCAAUUUCCGUGGCAAGAGUAAUUCGGCAGAAUCUGCCGGUGGGCCCUCUGCUCAGCUAAGAGGACUCCGCUCAGUGUCUUCACGGGGAGUUGCUCGCCCGGCUGAAUGACGAGCACAGAUUAAUUAGCUGGAUCUAUUUAACGACUCAACAAAUCAUAUGAUUGUGAAGGCUGAAGGACAGUGAUUUGUGGACGAGCAGAAUGGUUACUGCUGCCUUUUACUGGCCUGUGUUUGACUGUGUGUGUAUUCAGGAGUAUUUAUAGGCUGUUUAUAACCUUGUGGUAUCACUAUCUCCCAUUAAUGUUUCCGUUGGGAUUUAUACUCCAAGUCUGUGAAAUUUCUCAGGGAAAAAUACAUAUAUUUUCUCAUUCCUGGAUGUGAAGCCUGCUUUUUAUGCUGGGAAUAAAGGCGUUAAGCUAUGUGAAAA